AAAGGUCGAUAUUUUCUCCGAUUUUCUGAUGAAAAAGGAAGAAACUAUAAAUGAAAAAGACGAUUUAAAGUGUAUUCCAAAAAACGCUAUUGAAAAAGCUUAUAAAAGGCCUUUAAUUAAGAAAAAAAGAAUACCUCAUGUCUUGGAAGAAGAUACAUAUCAAGCAACAUUAAGCGAAAUUAUUAAAAGAGAUUUUUUUCCAGAUCUCUUAGAAAAUGAUUCUAAAGAUAUACUUUCUUCGUUAUGUAAUCCAAACCUUUCGCUGGAUGAAUUUCAAGCAACAUAUACCUCAGAAGAUAAUGCAUCUUUUACAGAUAUUUUAGAGCGACAGAAUGAACGACAACGAGAUGCCUAUCGUUGGCUUUGGGAUAAUAGAAAUAAAAUUGAUAGCAAACGUGUUAAGGAAGCAGAACGACGUCAAAUAUCAUCAGAAAAUAAUAUUAUAAGUAUUGAAGAACGACCAGCUCAACCAGAAGCAUGGCCUUUUAAUCCUAUGAACACAUUGAUGUUUACACCAGAAACAGAUUAUACAAAACCUAAAUCUUUACCUUCUAAUGGAGAAAAAUCGAUUGUAUAUCAUGCAACGAGAAUGCCAUUGGAAAGUCAGGAAUAUAUUGCAUCACCAUCGUUUUCAGCAAUUGAUAAAGAGCCUGAAGUAGCAGGAUGGACUUUUGUCGACGAAGCACCUACGCCUUCACCAGAAAUCUUGAAAAAAUCACGAAAACUAGGCAAAGAAAUGGAAUCAAGCUCUAUAGGAAUACCAGAAACACCUGGACGGGCUUUUAAGAUGCCAGAUAUUCCUGCAAGAGAGAUAUUACAUCAUCGAAUAACAGAGCAAAUUAAAAAGAAAAAACGUGCAAAAACACCUGCUGCAUUUCUAAAGGAAAUACCCAAAUUUUCAAGUAGUCCUGACUUAAGGAAGGUCAUGCUUACCCCUGGAGGCCGAUUUCUUCUUGCUGCAACUCAGAGACAUGCAAGUGCAAUCAGGAAUGAUUUAAAAACACCUCGAAUGAGUCUUUUAAAUAAUGUAACAACAAAUAUAACACCAAGAGCAACAUAA